AUGUAUUUAGAACUUUUGCAACCCAUGCCACGUCUCACAUGGUUCACGUCCAUUUGUCGGGUAGUUUGGAUCGCUUGGCUAAUAAAACUCGGCUACGAUGUUAUGUAUGAAAUAUUCGCGGAAACAAUCGAAAGGCUCGAUUACAUAGUCGGCAGUAUCUUUUUUGUCUUCAAAAUGUUAACGAACAUAGUGGCCUACGUCGAAUCCAUUUGUAAGACAAAACACUGCCAGCAGCUGCAACGUCUGGAAAUUGAGGUGGAUGCAUUACUACGAAAACAUAUCGACAAUACAGAGGCAUUAGAACGAAAAAUCUGGCUCAAAGUAUUCCACAGUAUGCUUUUGCAAUUCGUAUACGACAUCCUGCAGCUCGUGCUUGCCUACAAAUGCUACAUGUCGCCGGUAUUUUACUACGUAUUGCCAAUGCUGGCAAUCGAACGAGCCCGUUAUGCACAAAUCUCGCUUACGAUUGAGCGUCAAAAUGUACGCGCACGCGGUUUGAUCGCUUUGCUGCGUUUACUGGUUAAAGCUAAUCGUCCGAAACAUAAAUACACUAGUGAUGUGUGGCAACCCUAUGCGGCGUGGGAAUAUGAAAGAAUGAACUUUUUACGUCUGCUGCAAGGACGGCUCUGUGAGUUGUAUCAAUGUGUGGGCGAUUGCUAUGGUUGGUCCAUCAUUGUUUUGCUAUUUACUACAUUCUUCACUGUGGUAGCCAACAUUUUUUGGUGCAUUGAAAUCUUAAACCGUGGUUUCCGUUUCGGACAGUUCAUGUACGAUGCGCUGACCAUGUUGAGAUUAAGUACUUUAGCCGUAACAUUGCUGAUCACUGCUGAGAAAACGAGGCAAUACGUGAGUGCUCAAAGCUUUAAGGGGUCAAUAGGGUAA